AUGACUAACUUUGCUGAAGUCUGGCGGUCGUUCACGCACGAGGAGAAGCGCAACAUCGGUCAGUGUUCUUUUGACUUUGGUCGGACACCCAGUGGCUGCUUGGAUGCGGGGGGAGACUAUUGCCGAGGGCCAAUGGACUGACAUGCGUCGGAUACAUUCUCACAUGCGCUCUCCGUAGGAUGGUACAUUCUCGGUAUCAUGAUGUACGCUGCCGUUUGAUACCAAAGCUUUCAUUUACUCAUAAGUGCAUUACUGACUCGGGAUCUUCCAUCCGUCCUAACUUUUCUGAAUGGCCGCCGCGUUCCGUGCCAUGCACUCCUCUCGGACGCGGUUCUUUGAAACUUGCGCGCAGGUACAAGCUCGGUCUCGAAUUCUUCAACGGUUCCAUCACCACCCUUGCCACCGAUCGUUUCCGCGCUGCCAACACUUUCACCAAGCUCGGCGCGGCCCAAGGUCUUAGCCAGGCUAUGCAAUGCGUCGGCGCCAUCCUUAUCGCCCCUCUCGUCAAGGCGCUCCCGACCCGUACCGUCCUCGCAGCCGCGGUCACCUUCUUCGCUUUGAUGACUACCCUGUUGCUCAUAAUCGAUGCCGCCACCGGUGGUUCGAUCAAGCGUGCCGGCGCGACCCGAGCUGAUUACGGCUCGUGGAACCCCAACCUGAUCUUUGUCAUCUGGUCCUUGUCCGGUAUCGCUUGUAUGUCAGCUGUGGCGGAGCCUUACGAGCUGGGCUCAGACGUGAUCUGACCUUUUUUUUGUAAACCUUUCCUACGACAGACGGUAUGGUCGAACUUAUUCGACGUGUCAUCCCCGCCGAUGUCGUUGGCGGCAACGUAUCCAAGCUCCGACGCAUGGAUGCUACCGUCCACGUCCUCGUGAGUCGGCUUGAAAGGCUCAAUUUCCAGGAGUAACCGGGUGCUAACGGUGGCUAGCCAUCGAUCAUCCCACAGUACGAAGUUGCUGGUACUUCGGGUGCUUUCGCAUCGUCCGCGGCCAUCACCCGCCUCGGCAACAAUUAUUCCUUCCUCGUCACCCCUAUCUUCUUCGUCCUCGCCGCUGUGGCGUGGUCGUUCGUCGGCGCGCUCCGCACGACCCACGAUAAAGCCGAUGGCGACGAGCCUGCCCUUGCAGCGGUUGAUAAGGAUGGCAAGCAGAAGAACUACCUUGCCGCUGUGGCCAAGGGCGCUUAUCUCUUCUGCAAGUCGGUCGGUCUCGGUGCCUGGAUCGUCAUGUCGCAUCGUCGCUUCAUCUGGCUCUUCCCUGGUUGUGCGUAUCUUUUCCGAGAAAAUCUCACUGCAUUCCGAGUUUGCGAUUGACUUCUCCGAAUACGCCUUGCCGCCACGCAGACGCCGUUGCCCUCUACCUACAUCGAUUCCUCGAGUCCUCGCUUGCACCGGCUUUCGCACGCCGCGUUUUGAAUGUCUCGGCCUACUCGCAGAUCAUCGUCGGUGGUUCCAACUUUGGUGAACUCCUUGGUGCUGCGACCGUCUUCCUCUUGUCCGACUACGUCCCGACCCCUUUGCCUUGGCUCCGACUCGAUGCCCUCGCGCUCAACAUCGUCUGGAUCCUCCCUCGCUUCUCGCAAAUCGCCCAACCCCGCCAGGUCCGGUGGGCAUGGUACAUCGCCGGCUGCUUCAUCCCCAUCUCGUUUGGAUGGGCUGCAGGUGACGUCUCCCUCGCGGCCUACAUCCAAUCGUCGCUCACGACAAUGGACUUUGCCGCCGCCAAGGACGUCUCGGCCCUCGGUGCGGUCAUGGCCUUCUUGUACUCGACCUACAUCGUAUUCAACGCCGUCCUCUCCUCGGUCUUGGGCCGCGUCAUCGAUCAAGACUUUACGCGAACAGGCACGAUCUACACGGCUUUACAACAAGUCGGUGGGAUUCAAUUCAGUGUCGCAUCGGCUUUGAUCUUGCUCGCGACUCUGAUCCCGAUCGGAGCGUUCGCUAUCAACCCCAAGAUGCUCAACUCGAUGCCUUUGCAAGGCGAUGUUGCGCAUGAGGAGGCAUCGGAUGCCGAAUACGUCGCCAAGGGCGUUGAUGGAACCUACGGUAGCGACUCGGACUCGGUCGAGAGGGAGAAGAAGCUCGCUGCCGUUUCGGCAUGA